AUGGUGCGCGACAGAUCCCCCUGGCAGAUCCCACACAACAACUUAUUCAGCAUUGUCCAGUUUACAUUGAGCUCUGAUCUUUGAUCCUGGAGAAUGAAUUCAAAUACUUGCUGGCUUUGCAAGAUGUUCAGACCAGAAGAAAAUGGGAUCAGUUCUAAGGUGUCUCUGGAGGAAGUGCUAUAGUGGUCCCAGUUUUUUGAAAAUCUGGUAACAAGCAAAUAUGGGCCUAUAAUCUGUAAGACCUACUUGCAGACAGAACACAGUGAUGAAAACAUAGAAUUGUGGCUUGCCUGUGAAGCUUAUAAGAAGACAAAAUCACAGAGGAAAAGGAUUUCCAUGGCCAGGAAGCUCUUUAUAAGUUACAUCCAACCCCAGGCUCCCAAUGAGAUAAACAUUGACAGUCCUGCAAGGAAAUCAAUUAUGAGGAAUAUUCAAGAGCCAACACAGUCCUGCUUUGAUGCAACACAGAGAAUACUCUACAGGCACAUGGAAAGAGAUUCCCACCCAUGAUUUCUUGAAUCACAGUUCUACCAAAAGCUCAAACAUAGAAUCCAAACAAAUUCUGCCGAGAGCAGCAGCUCUGCCAGGCUGGUGCCAGGCCUGAGGUACGACACCAAACCCCGGCUGGAGAUUGCACUUCUGACUGCCGGCAUUCCUGGUGCUUGUGAAGCGCAAACGGCCUCUGCUAGCUCCUGA